UGCGCUUGUCCUUGCUAAAGUGAGCAAUGGGCUACUGGGACGUUCCAGAGGGCACCGACUGCGUGCAUAAAACAUGGAUAACAACCAAGCUGGCCACCACUUUGGGUCUGGUGGGCUCGGCCUAUCACAUCGUAGCCUUCCAGCCUGACACUGCGAUGGAAGCUUUACAGCGGGCUGGAAACGUCACAGUUACCAUGGCGGCGAUGGGCGCCAUCUUCGGCAUGGCGACGUGUCUCAGCGCUCAGGCUCGCGAGGCUCCGGACGAUCCGCUCAACUACUUUGUGGGCGGAUGUGCUUCGGGCAUCUUCCUGGGUGCCAGGACUCACAGUGCGGCAACGGGCACGUCGGCGUGUUUGGGUCUGGGAGCGCUGGCCUUCUUUGGCAAAGUGUCCAAGAUGGAGGGCUGGAGACUGGUUGGACCUCCUAAACUGUGACGCUGAUCCAAACUUUGUAAAUGAACGCGUGUGAUGAAAUAAUAAAGUUGUGUCGUGACAAAGCCA